AUGUCCAUCGAAGACGGAAAACAAUAUAUCCAUCAAUAUCCUCCUCCACCAAAAAUCGCAAACCCAGGCCCUCUCGGUCUUUGCGGUUUUGCUUUGACUACAUUCGUGCUUUCAAUCCAUAACGCAGGUUCCUCCGAUGUUGCUGUUCCACACAUCACUAUCGGUUUAGCCUUAUUCUAUGGAGGUCUUGCCCAACUUCUGGCUGGUAUGUGGGAAUUCAAGACUGGUAACACUUUCGGUGCUACUGCCUUCUCUUCAUAUGGCGCUUUCUGGUUGUCGUUCGCUACUAUCCUCAUCCCAUCUUUUGGCGUUCACGAUAGCUUUGGCUUUGUAACUAGUGCCAGCUCUGGUAUUAAUGAUACUACUGCUCUUGCUGUUGCCAAUGCUGUUCCCACUGCUAAUUUCGAACAUGCUAUUGGAAUUUACCUUCUCGGUUGGACAAUAUUCACCUUCCUGUUAUUCUUGGCUACUUUCCGUGCAACCGGUGGAAUAAUGUCACCUGUUAAUAUCGCAACUAAAGUUGGUGGUAUUCUGGGAAUCAUUACCGCUCUUAUCGCGUGGUAUAACGCGCUCGCAGGUCUCCUAACUACUGAAACUUCAUAUUUCACCAUCCCAACUUUCGAUUUAUCCCGUAAACAUGAUUAG